AUGUUUUGGUUCAUGGAGGGAAUAUGCUUUUUACCAACUUUUUUGGUCAUCUGGUCAUCCAGCACGUUUAUUGUUUCCUACCUAAUUGCAUUGUUCGAGCAUGAUGUGGAUGUUAUCUUCCCCUAUAUAAGGUAAGUAAGAAUUUAGAACAAGAAGAUUAUAGGCUAUUAUUAUUUAUCAGUUGCCUAAUUGUUUUUAUUUUCCACGAACUGCCUUUCUUGAUCAAAGCGUUAAUAAUUAUACACAUGUAGUGGAGGGAUAGGGCUACACCUUAUCAAUUAUGUAGUACAAUAUAGAAAUAAUGCACAAAGUAGCCUAUACAAACGCAAAGCAAGUGAAAUAUAUUCACAUGUGCGCUGGACACAUUAUAGUUUCAACGGAAUAUCAUCUGUCAGGUAGCAAGCGCGUUCAGCUCUCAACUGGGCACAAGUAAAUGCUAACCAAUGCAACAAUGGGUAUGCAACCCAGGUAUUGAAAAGGUAUUGGUUGAGUAUUGGCGAUGCGCAAUUCAGUCAUCAUGCUCUGUUGGAAUAAACGUGUCUAAAGGCUUUCCCAAAACACCUUCCCAAUUAAAUGUUGACUGCGAGGCCUACCUGGCAGAAUGAUAUCAUUCUGAUUUGUAUCAAUCGGGAGGGCAUUUGUUUAGCCAACUCUGCCAUCACAUGUAGGCAGGGACGGCUUGUUCAAUAGGGCGAUAUGGGCGACGCACUGCCAAACGGGAAAAGGAAGGGAUUUUUUUUCUAAUCAAUUAUAUCACGGCAACAGCAGUUAUCAGUGUUCACGUCUGAUCUGCCAGCCACUAAAUUUUAAAUCAGGCUAAAGUCGUGCUUCAAAUGGCCCCGCCCGUUUUUGGGCGAUUUCAGUCAGGUUGAAAAUCGCCCAGAAGUCUCUCAUAGCCUGUCAUGUAAAAUCUAUUUUUUUCACAUUUCAAAGCUUUCAAUACAUUCUCAAUGGGUGUCUGUGGGCUUGCACUUACGCGCUUUCGUCAUACGUGACGUAACGUUGAACGUAACUAAGACAAUGGCGGCUAGCAGCGUCUCUGUUGCGACCUGCAGUGUGGCGUUAUUUUAUGUUUUUAAUUUGUAGACUUAGUUUACAAACAUUCUGCAAACAUUCUGCUUUGGACUGAUCUUCGGUUUUGGACUGAUCUUGUUGAUCGUGUACAUACCCGCUACGAACGGACUAAAUAAUGAAAACGCUGCUGGCAGCGGAAUCCCAAUACAGCUGGGAGACUUGGCUGGAUGACAGAGUCCCGGACAGAGAGGUGGAGCCGGCCGGCUUCACCCUGGUCAGAGCGGACCGCGAUCCUGGUAAGAGAGCGACUCUGUACCCCGACAUUGAACUGCUUUCUGUGUCAUUGAACCUUACUAUUGUUGAUAAAACAAGUUUACUGGAGAACGGAGACCAACAAGUAGAGACUUUUGGACAAGGUGGAUAAUUGUAUAAUAUAAGGCAGUUUAUUCAGAGGUAAAGAUAUCUGGAAUCGCGUGCACGGACCCGUUCGUCAAACUCGUAGGGAGUUUAUCAGAAGAGCCCCUAAACAUUGUGUGCUGACAUUUUAUACAAUAAAAUGAAGUAGGUUGAAUCUAGUAGUUCUGAUCUUCUGAUUGGUCCUGAUGAGUUGGGCGAGGUCACCUCCAGGCUAGUGUCACUGUUGCAUUGGCUCUGAGUCGGGUUCUCUGUCUUCAGAUGUUCAGCCUAAGAGAAGAGGAUUUGUGUGUGUGUGUGUGUGUUUGUUAUCAGUGUGUGUGUGUGUGUGUGUGUGUGUGUUUGUUUUUCAGUGAUGAUGUGUGUGUGUGUGUGUGUGUGUUUAUCAGUGAUGAUGUGUGUGUGUGUGUGGGUGUGUGUGUGUGUGUCCUCAGGGCAAGAACUCGUGAGUUGGAAGAACUGAGAGACCUAUGGCGUGGGUGUUAUCCUUAGCCACCUGCUGACAAGGCUGACAAGAUAGGACUCUUGUUCAUUGUAUUGAAUACAAAGGCCCAACACAAAAUGGGUCAUGCACAAGAUUUUAGUCAGACCAAGCUAUAACAUUAUAUAUUUACUACGACAGUACAUUCAACCAAAAGCUAAUAUAACAAAGGCAUCAGAGAUUAUUUAUAAUCUGUCACAGAAACUGGAAUCCAUCUCCCCAGAUCAGUCAAUAAAUGCUUCUGGUAUUGACUUAUAUGCUGCCCCUGUCUUCAUGUUGUUGCUGGACAUAUCUUUUUUAAGAUGUGUGUAGGUCACCUAAAUCAUCAGAAAAAUUGCCCCUCCUGAGAAUUUUUUCAGGAGCCGCCACUGCAUGUAGGACAUUGUACAGUAUCCUACAGAAACACUGCUAGUUUAUAAACGUUAUCUUGCUAGGUGCGCAAUUGAAUUAAAGGGGAACUAUAUUUUCGAUUUUCCCCAGACCUAAAAAAUGUUCUCCUGAUGUGGUUUAACAUUGUUGUUGACUUAGAACAUCACAUUUGUGUUGAUUUUCUGUUAAAUAAUGUCAUUUUGAGAGUGAAAACCAUAAAAAUCUGUAGGAAAACUCAUUUAAAAAAAUAGAGAAAACAGAAUUUUUCACACAGGGCACCUUUCCUUUGCUGGGAGGGCCGUUUGGGUAAUUUGGGGCAACAUUAGAGUAUACCCACUUUCCAGGCACUAAUGUGAUACAAUUUCCCUUAAUAAUCACAGCUUUUGAUGAGUGCAAAUAUAAAGCAUAUUUCCAUUACCCACACUGAUUUAAAUAAUAAAGAAGUCAAAUAAAAUGUUAUUUGUCACAUGCUUCGUAAAUAACAGGCGUAGACUAACAGUGAAAGUGAAAAAAGUAUCACAUUUUAGCCAGCGGUGUAGUGCUGCCUAGCGAAGUAUUUAUAUACUUAUUUGUUAAGGAUCAGUGGGGAUUAAGAAGUGAGUAUAUGCAAAAAUAAAGUGAACAAAGUGGGUUUACGGCGUAUAGCCUCCACUACGCCACUGAUCUUAGCGACAAAAAUCAAUCGGCUUAGUUUUCCUCAGUUGAGCACUCUACUUGGCUGCAACCCACAGUCAUUGGCUGCUACCCAGGUCCUAACGCCUAGACCUCUACACAGCCUAGUUCUUCCUGAUGCCGUAUGACAAACAGCAUAAAAUGAAUAAUAACACCAUCUUGCGCGGGUUGGGCUACCCAGGUCCCAGCUGUGUAGCCUUCUGCAUAGGGGCCUGUGAACUACUUACUAGCCAGUGUGUCCUCACUUGACUUUUAAAGGGAAAGAGCUCGUACACUAAAAGGGCAUUAUUAACAGUUUCGCAAUUUCACAGUAUUAUUCCAACCUCAUAGUGUGGAAAUAUAAAACACAGGAAAAUCACGUUUUUGAGUGCACUGGGCCUGAAACAGAUCAAAAUAUUUAAAAUGACCUCCAGACAUGACACACACAUUAAACCUGAACUCUUCUUUUCUUUUGUGAAAUUGGGGCUAAACCCCCAGAGAGUUGUAUCUUUGGCUUGAUGACAGUCAUCACUGCAUUUGCAGGUGAGCACAGAAAGACACUAAAACCAUGAAUGAUCUUUUGUUUUUGUCUGAGCUUAAGCAACCCCAUGGGUUUUCCCAGGUCAGAGACUGUGCCAAAAGCUUUAGUCACACAUUCCAUUAUUUUGAAAAUGAAAGCAGUAAUGCAUGGUAAGACAGGGCUGGGAUAAAUGGUAUAAGACCAUUUUACCGAGUAUUACAUAUUACUUCCCUAUGUUUUAAAGUGCAAAUUAAAUAAACAAAUAAAUAAAUAUUGUAGCAGGUUUCACAUUGGCCUACAGUAGCCUGUGAGCAAAUACUGUCUAAAUGGGACAUUUUAAAAUAAAAACAUUCACUCCAUAUGCCAUGCCAAUUCCUCUACAGGUAUGGCCACCAUGUAUGCCAGAUACAAGUUUGUGGAGAAGCUCAAUGAGAAGGCAGGUGGUGUGCCCCCAGCACUGAACCAGGCCGCUUUCUGGAUUGGAAUGCUUUCUUGUUUGGGGAUAUGUUUUGUUGCUACUUUCCAGGUAGGUUGUCACAUCUUUAGUGAGAAGAUGGAGUGUGAUUUUCCAUACAUGAUCUCUCUGGUGUGUUCUUUUUCCCCAGGAGACAACGAUUAUACAAAUGCAUGAUGCAGGUGCAUUACUCUUCUUCAUUUCUGGUGUGUUGUACACUAUCCUCCAGUCCAUCAUAUCCUAUAAGGCCUACCCCUAUGGAUGUUCCUUGGCCUUGUGUCAUACGCGCACCGGAAUGGCAACCAUCGCCUUCCUGGCAGUUUCCCCCAGUAUCCUUGAAAACAAUAGUAACCCAUGGUGUCUAAAUGAUUUUAAUCAUGAAUGACCAUUGUUUUCUCAAAGAAAAGGUCUCCUUCAUUUUCCAUCCAGCUGUUAUAUGUGAAUUACUGCAUAGAACAGAAGGCAAGGUGCAGUAUGAGCACAUCUUUACCAAGAACACAACUCACAUAAACAACAAAGAUGGACGACAUUCUGAAUCCAUAUAGGCUAUAUAGGCUAGAGAAGCUAUACGGCCAAUAUCAGUCUCUCUCCGACUCUCCCUGUCAUUACAGGACUAUGUGUUCCAUCUGGUGAGUGCUGUGAGUGAGUGGAUCAUGGUCUUCAGCUUCAUCUUCUUCUUCUUUACCUAUAUCCACGACUUUAAA